AUGACACGGAACGAGCUGGGAACGAGCUGGGAACGAGUCGGCCGAGCUGUGGCGGAGGAAUGCGUCGAGUUGAAAAGCGAAGGCGUGCACUCUGACUCGGAUCACGAACACGAACACGAACAUGAACACGAGCACGAACACGAGCACGAACACGAACACGAGCCGAACAUCGAGCCGGGACGAGCAGAUCACGAGCCACUAGAAGCACUUGACGCCGGGAGACCACGCAAGGUGCGCCGCAGUCGGACCACCUUCACCACCUACCAGCUGCACGAGCUGGAGCGAGCCUUCGACAAGACUCAGUACCCGGACGUGUUCACGAGGGAGGAGCUCGCGCUCAGGCUGGACCUCAGCGAGGCGAGGGUUCAGGCGAUAGAUGUUAUCCGUGGAGAGCCGGGGCCGGAGGCUGGCGGCGGCCGGUCCUCUAACAAUGGUUUAAUUAAGCACGCAGCCCUAUCGGUGAUCGAGCAGGGAGCCGUUCUUGAAUCGCACUCGAACGAGUGUAAAUUGCUUUUAAUCUCCGCGGAGGGCGGUGUAACAAACAAGCGACGCCACGCUAUAAACCAUUGGCAUGAUGACGUCACGGCUCAGGUGUGGUUCCAGAACAGACGAGCCAAGUGGCGCAAGAGAGAGAAGGCGCUGGGCAGAGAACACGCGCCCUUCAUGCACCACGAACACGGUGUAGGUGAGUGGGGCGGCGGUAUGGGCGUGGGCGUCGUGGGCGGCGUGGGCGUGGGCGGCGGAGAGUGGUGGCUCGGUCUGGGCGCUCCACUGUGGCACGACGCGCCUCCCGCCGCAGCCUUCAGAGCUCUACUUCACAGGUACGUCCUGGCGCUCCCCCCGCCGGCCGCGCCCUCACCCCCUGCCCGCUCGCCACCCCCCUCCCCCUGCCCCUCCUCCCGCAGCUCGCCCCCCCGGCCGGCCGGUCCAUUGGCGCCCGCGCCGCUGUCGGAGCCUCUACGCCUGCUACACGACCGCUACAGCCGCGUACACACGUAG